CCCAGUGCCUCCCAUUCCUCUCCUCCUCCCACCCUGCGCUGUUCUAGGAGGAGCCUAAAUGUCCGCUUCCCCAGCUGAAGGGGAUUGUGCCACUUGGUCGCAGCCCACGCUGUCUUCAGCCCCCCGGAGCCGCCGCGCCAGCCCCUCGCCCAGCUAUGGGGGACCUGCCGGGUCUCGUGCGUUUCUCCAUCUCGCUGCGCAUCCAGCCCAACGACGGUCCGGUCUUCUACAAGGUGGACGGGCAGCGGUUCGGCCAGAACCGCACCAUCAAGCUGCUCACCGGCUCCUCCUACAAGGUGGAGGUGAAGAUUAAGCCCACCACACUGCAGGUCGAGAACAUUUCCAUUGGUGGCGUGCUUGUCCCGCUGGAACUGAAGUCUAAAGAGCCUGAUGGGGACAGAAUUGUUUAUACGGGCACAUAUGACACAGAAGGUGUGGCCCCAACCAAGAGUGGAGAACGGCAACCCAUCCAGAUCACCAUGCCGUUCACUGACAUUGGGACGUUUGAGACCAUGUGGCAAGUCAAGUUCUACAAUUACCACAAGCGAGAUCACUGCCAGUGGGGAAGCCCCUUCUCUGUCAUUGAGUAUGAAUGCAAACCCAACGAGACACGCAGUCUGAUGUGGGUGAACAAGGAGUCCUUCCUCUGAAGAUGGCUCUUUCUCAUGUGGCUGGACAAUCACCUCCGAAAUCUACUCUUAGACAAACCAGCACAAGCCUUAACCAAGGCAUGCCACACCGUUGCUGUUUCCCUUGUGGUACUGAUGACCCACUAGCCCUGAUUAAUUUGAAAGUGUAAUUCCCCUCUGAUACAAUAUCCCUGACAUGAAGCUCGUGAUGUACCACUCCUGGAAAUACCCUCUUUCUGUAUUCCGUGCUGGUGCUCCUGCAUCCAGUCGUGCUCGGUCAUGCUGUUGACCACUUGUGACCAGAACUCAGUGGAACUUGUAGGCUUGUCCUGUUCUUGAGAGUUCCACUGGCUCUGUGUUUUGUUUCCAAGUUGAGUGAUUGCUCCUUUUCUGUUUAGUGUUCCAUUUAAAAAUAACAAUGUGUAUGGGUCCUCCCAUGUGUAAUACGGUGACAUAUAACUUGCAAUGUUUGCCAGUUCUCAAAGCAGGCUUUGUGAAAAUGUAAUACAAACAGCAGUCAAUGGGACUCAAAUGUUGUGCUUCCUGUAACCACCUCUGCUUUUUCAGGGAAUGAUAAUGACAGACAAAUGCUUAAGUAUUUAUAAUGUCCUAAAGCUCUUCAAAGUAACUUAAGGUAUUGUGCAAUGGUCUACUAGAAAUGGGGACAAAGCAGCGUUGUGGACCACUAUUAAAGUGAUAAGAGUUGUAGGGUUACCCUGUGGCACUCUCCCAUAGUGUUCAAAGAUGCACAUGUAGGCAUCCCUACAUUCUUCUUCACUUGAACUUUGUAAAACUGUGUAUGGACCUAUAAGCAACUUUUGAUAUUUCUUAAUAAAGGUAUUGAAAAU